AAGAGAUCUUAUCCCAGUUUGUUUCACACACACAAUGGCAUUUCCUUGAUGUGAAUCAGCAGCAACAAGUCGGGGCAGGCCUGGCAGACGGUGAUGAAUGGACAUACCAACACGUCAACACGUCACCGUUUAAAAGACGCAGCCGCCUUCUGGGUUUUACGCAUGAGAGGCUGCCGCUGCUGCCGGAAGGUUGUUGCUGCCAACAAGGUUUUUUUUGUUUUGCUUUCACGCUGAGUUUUAACUGACAAUCAGACGGACGUCAUGCUGGAUACGUUUGGGGCAGCUGUGAGCGUACCGAGUGCGGAGCUUCAGCUCAAACUGUCGGACAACAAGGACGGCCUGACGGCGCCAAGGAUGGGGAUGGACAGCGGGAAGAAACUCCUGGAGAUAACUGGACAUGCUCUAUCCAAAAGGAAAUUCCUGGUCGGAUUAGACCUCCUCUGUCUUUUUCUUGCAUCGAUUCCUUUCUUUGCAUGUGAGCUGGAGGUAGUGGGCCCCUACAAAAGGGGCUUCAUAUGUGGAGACCCCAGCAUCACCUACCCUUAUCUACACAAUGAAGCCAUACCAAAUGGGCUUCUUAUCACAGGUGGAAUAUUCAUUACAGGCUUUGCAAUUGCGCUUGGAGAGUGUUACCGGGUGCGUUUCCAAAGCAUCAGCUCUAAAUCUUUUGUGAGAAACCGUUAUGUUUCCUGCCUGUACAAGGAGCUGGGCUCCUUCCUGUUCGGCUGCUGCAUCGGCCAGUCGCUUACCAACAUGGCCAAGCUCAGUGUUGGGCGGCUGCGACCUUACUUCCUGUCUGUGUGUGGCAUCACCUAUGCAUCGCUUAACUGCACAACUGGAACCUAUGUAGCAACAGUGAUCUGUCGCAACCCUGACCACCGAUUAGUGGAAGAGGCCAGGAAGUCCUUCUUCUCUGGCCAUGCUUCUUUUGCCAUGUAUGCCUUGCUCUAUUUAGCGUUUUACCUGCAGGCCCGGCUGACGUGGCGAGGAGCUCGGCUGCUGAGGCCUCUGCUGCAGUCCUUCCUGGUCCUUCUGGCGGUCUACACGGGUCUGACGCGCAUCUCGGACUACAGGCACUACCCGUCAGACGUGCUAACAGGAUACACACAGGGGGCUCUCACUGCUUACUGGGUGGCCUUCUACAUCUCACCAAUGUUUAAAAGCUCCAGCUCAGACCUGUCUGCAGCUGAGACACCGGACAGCCCUCUGUCUCCCCACCAUACUGUCUGCUGAGACCCACAACAUAGGCAGACCACAGAUCUGAAGAAUGUUUGGCGAUUUUCUCUGAAAUUAAAAGACAUACCUCGAUGUUUUAACAGGGAGAGCAGAAACAGACAAUCUCAUAAGAAAGAAUAGAAGUGAUUGAGAGGAAGGAAGGUAACGAGACUGAAAACUGUGUCUGUUAUACAAACAGCCUGAGUAUUCUUUUGUCCUUGUAACUGAUAACCCACCUCUUACCUGUGAGAUGAGACUGAAAACAGAAACCACCAUAACUAUGCACCACUUGUAAAUAUAUAAAUAUUUUUUAAAGCACAACUGAUAAGGUCAAAGCACUUUUCAUUUCAAUGUUAGUAUUAUUAUCACUAUGCGAUGAAUAGAAUGUAAUAUAUAUUUUUUAUAAACACAGAGCAUAUAAUUUAAAGUUUUAUUUAAUAACCUUGCUGUAUGUUUCUGAGUGUAAGCAUUUAUUUUCUUUGUGUGUUUUGCCACACGAUGUCAGGAUUUAUCCUUCCACGUGUUAUUUGUGCCACAUAGUGAAGAGAAUGACUAAUUGACCUAACACAAUAUAACACACAGAAAUAAAUUAUUAGUUCUGUCACUUUUAAUGUACAUAUGAGUCAGCCUAAGAUGUUAGAAAUAAAAAUAUUUUAUUAAUA